AUGAACUCGUUCUUACUCAAUCGCGCUCUUGGUAGCGUCAGCCCUGCUGCUCUUGCGCGAUCGCAGAACACCCGUCUCGUCUACUCUCUUCAACCAGCCAGUCACAUAUCACUGAGCAUCAGCCCGCCAGACACCGACAAUGACGAAGACGCCCUUCGGAAUGGCGUUGCACAUCCCGCCGGCGUGAACAGCAUUACUGUCGACAAGUUCGAAGGCCGGUGGCUUCUGUCCGGCGGUGCAGACUCGUCCAUUGGUAUCUGGGACCUCGAGACACCGACAAACCAGUCCGAUGACACUCGUUUUAUCCAGCCGCUGGGUUAUGCCGCCAAAACUUCCAAGACAGCAAACUUCGGCAUCACCCACGUUUCCUUCUAUCCCUUUGACUCUCUGGCCUUCCUGUCUAGCAGUUACGAUCACUCGCUGAAGCUGUACUCGUCCGAGACCCUCGAGACCUCGGCUGCUUUCGACCUGGAAGCCGUCGUUUAUUCGCACGCCCUUUCACCCAUUGCUUCACACCUGCUUGUAGCCUGUGCCACACAACACCCUGCCGUGCGCCUCGUCGAUCUUCGCUCCGGUGCCAGUACCCAUUCACUUGCUGGCCACAGUGGUGCUGUGCUCUCGACCGCCUGGCAUCCGAAACGCGAACACGUGCUAGCAAGUGGUGGUUCUGAUGGUCUAGUCCGCCUUUGGGAUAUUCGUCGCAACGCAAGUAGUUUGGGCGUGCUCGACAUGGAAGACAGCAGGGGCGUCGGUGUCAACGGCAAUACACUACGGCGGGAGCGUGGCAAGGCUCAUGUCGGUGCUGUCAACGGCAUUACCUGGGACGAAGCAGGUGACUUCCUCGUCUCCUGUGGACAAGAUGACAAGAUCCGCGUCUGGAACGCAAAUACAGGUGCAAACACCUUGACCAAUUUCGGUCCUGCUGUCAAGAGCUCCACCACUUCCACCCUACUGCCUCUGCUCAGUCCUAGCCAUCUCACUGGGCCUACAAAAGAAAUACUUGUCUAUCCAAACCCACGCGAGCUGCUCGUGUACGAGAUGCACACUGGCAAACUUAUCACACGCUUGAGAACACCUUCAUACGCUUCGACACGAAUACAAGUCGCGGCAGGUUCAGGCACACGGAACGUCGUCAACAAGACAACAAGUCUAGCCUGGCGAGCUCAUAAUAUUGAACUCUACUCAGGCCACUCUGAUGGUACAAUUCGCUGCUGGAAACCACGGACGUGGGAGGAUGCACUUGAUGACGAAGAUGACGACAACGAGGACGAAGUGGGAGAAGAUGCCAUGGAGCGAAAACGCAAGAGAGAUGAACUGGAUGAUAUAGUCAACGGCCUGACCAAACGUCAAGUAACGUAUAUUUAA